AUGGAUUCUGUGUUUUUGCCGGUCCCAGAUGUUGCGCUCGGUAAAACCCUCCCCCUUCGCACGAGAUGCCCCACCGUCCCUCACAGCACGCCGCUGACUGACGGCGUUCCAACUGUCAGUCUGUUGCGUGACUGCACCAGCCUCUCUCCAUCAGACACAUGGGACCCAUUAAGCCUGGUGCGCCACAGCCUCAGUGCCACAACACCAGGCCCCGGGGAGCAGAGGAGCAGAGGAGCAGAGGAGCAGAGGAAGCAGAAGAGCAGAGGGAGCAGAGGAAGCAGAGGAGCAGAGGGAGCAGAGGGUGCAGAGGAGCAGAGGAGCAGAGGGAGCAGAGGAGCAGAGGGAGCAGAGGAAGCAGAGGAGCAGAGGGAGCAGAGGGUGCAGAGGAGCAGAGGAGCAGAGGGAGCAGAGGAGCAGAGGGUGCAGAGGGAGCAGAGGAGCAGAGGGUGCAGAGGAGCAGGGGAACCAGAGGAGCAGGGGAACCAGAGGAGCAGGGGGACCAGAGGAGCAGAGGGUGCAGAGGAGCAGGGGAACCAGAGGAGCAGAGGACCAGAGGAGCAGAGGGAGCAGAGGAGCAGGGGAACCAGAGGAGCAGGGGAACCAGAGGAGCAGGGGGACCAGAGGAGCAGAGGGUGCAGAGGAGCAGGGGAACCAGAGGAGCAGAGGACCAGAGGAGCAGAGGGAGCAGAGGAGCAGGGGAACCAGAGGAGCAGAGGACCAGAGGAGCAGAGGGAGCAGAGGGAGCAGAGGAGCAGAGGGAGCAGAGGGAGCAGAGGAGCAGAGGGAGCAGAGGGUGCAGAGGAGCAGGGGGACCAGAGGAGCAGAGGAGCAGAGGAAGCAGAAGAGCAGAGGGAGCAGAGGAGCAGAGGGUGCAGAGGAGCAGGGGAACCAGAGGAGCAGGGGAACCAGAGGAGCAGGGGGACCAGAGGAGCAGAGGGUGCAGAGGAGCAGGGGAACCAGAGGAGCAGAGGACCAGAGGAGCAGAGGGAGCAGAGGAGCAGGGGAACCAGAGGAGCAGAGGACCAGAGGAGCAGAGGGAGCAGAGGAGCAGAGGGAGCAGAGGGAGCACAGGAGCAGGGGAACCAGAGGAGCAGAGGACCAGAGGAGCAGAGGGAGCAGAGGGAGCAGAGGAGCAGAGGGAGCAGAGGAGCAGAGGGAGCAGAGGGUGCAGAGGAGCAGGGGGACCAGAGGAGCAGAGGAAGCAGAAGAGCAGAGGGAGCAGAGGAAGCAGAGGAGCAGAGGGAGCAGAGGAAGCAGAGGAGCAGAGGGAGCAGAGAGUGCAGAGGAGCAGGGGGACCAGAGGAGCAGAGGGAGCAGAGGAGCAGAGGGUGCAGAGGAGCAGGGGGACCAGAGGAGCAGAGGGAGCAGAGGAGCAGAGGGAGCAGAGGAGCAGAGGGUGCAGAGGAGCAGGGGAACCAGAGGAGCAGGGGGACCAGAGGAGCAGAGGGAGCAGAGGGAGCAGAGGGUGCAGAGGAGCAGGGGAACCAGAGGAGCAGGGGGACCAGAGGAGCAGAGGGAGCAGAGGGAGCAGAGGGAGCAGAAGAGCAGAGGGAGCAGAGGGAGCAGGGGGAGCAGAGGAGUGUGGUGCGGCAGGUGAAGCCUCUGAUUGGUCCACUCUCCACCGUCCUGAAGCUGCUCAUGCGCCACCUCAGCACCCAGGGCGAGACCGGCCACAACAUCAUCAACGUCCACGUCUUUGUCUCCGAGUUCUGGUUCUAA